AAAAUACAAGUAAACGAGAUGGACAAGGGAAACUGGCGUAAAAUUACGAAUGAACAAGAAAUAAGCACUCAGACCGAAGAAGAAAAGGAAACACAGGAAGGAAAAGGAAAUUUGAACAUGGAAGCUCGAGAUGAGGACGAGGACCAGGAACAGGCCGCGAGUAUUAGAUCAGGAAAUAGGGGCAAGGAGUCCCAAGAUGAAGACGAAGGUCGGUAUCAAGACAGGAAUAUUCGAACAGGAAGUAGACAAAGGGAGUCCAAGAUGAAGAAGACGAAGGUCGGUAUCAAGACAGGAAUAUUCGAACAGGAAGUAGACAAAGGGAGUCCCAAGAUGAAGAGACGAAGGUCGGUAUCAAGACAGAAAUUCGAACGGGAAGCAAGCAAAGGGAGUCCCAAGAUGAAGAAGACGAAGGCCGGUAUCAAGACAGGAAUAUUCGAACAGGAAGCAGACAAAGGGAGUCCCAAGAUGAAGACGAAGGUCGGUAUCAAGACAGAAUAUUCGAACAGAGAGCAGACAAAGGGAGUCCCAAGAUGAAGACGAAGGUCGUAUCAAGACAGAAAUAUUCGAACGGGAGCAGACAAAGGGAGUCCCAAGAUGAAGACGAAGGUCGGUAUCAAGACAGAAAUAUUCGAACGGAAGCAGACAAAGGGAGUCCCAAGAUGAAGACGAAGGUCGGUAUCAAGACAGGA